GUUCGGACUCGUUGUUUUCUGCACCAACAUACCGACAUUGUUGGUGCUUAAGUAAAGUUAAUUGUUGCAUUGUUUUUGUUAUUGCAAAAGUACCGUAAACUUUGAGUAGCAUUUGAAAAACCGAUUAAUUGGCUGCAUGGAUCAACAUAAACAGAGCCAUUUUGACAUUUCACCAGCGCAAAAUUGUAAACAAAGUUAUUUUCGCGGAAUUUUAGUAAGCAGCAAUGUUUUUCAAAUAGCGGCACCGAGGAAUGGUGAAAAUGAGCGAAAUUUGCUUGGACAUCGAUUUGCAAAAAGUGUGCCGCAUCUGUUUGUCUCAAACAGACAUGAGCGAGCUUCUGUUUAACAUGUUUACGGAUGCAAUUGUGGAUGGCACGUUUGUGGCGCUGCGCGAAGUGAUCGCGGACUGCAUCGGCAUACAGGUUACAAACACACCAGAGAUGCCGAACAAAAUAUGCCAAACAUGCAAAUCGACUGUAUUUCAGUUUCACGUCUUUAAACAAAAAUGUCGUCGUGCCGAAAGCUUGCUGCAGUCGAUGUUUGUGCAAAAGGCAGCCCUCGUUCCUAGGCCAAAUGAACAUGUUAUCGAAGGCAAUGAAUAUGACGUAGAGGAUGAAGCGUCGUUAGUGGACGCAUCAAAUUGUAACCAGCAUCUUUCUCUAUCGGAUGAAUAUGUUGAAGAAACAAUUGAGGAAGAAGUGAUAAGCGGUGCCAGUGACGCUGCACAAUACGCUCUUGAUACGUUCCGGUUGUCCAAAAAUCCUAACAUCAGUAUAGUUUGUGGAGCAGAAUCAAUUUCCUUACCAGGUUCUCCCUGUUUCGGAAAUGAAUCAUCGCAACUCGAGACUGUUGCUGCUGUUUCUGUUGACACAACCAUCGAAAUCAAUCGUUAUGUUUGCGAUAUAUGUGGGAAAGCAUUGAUCAGUCGAUCACGGCUGGCGAAACAUAUGAAGCUGCACACCGACUCUAAAAUCGUACUCGAUCAUAUGCGCUUCUUUUCCUGCAAGUACUGCGAAUAUGUGUACCUGCGGGAAGAAGAUUUGAAUGAACACAAUUGUCGGUGUGCGGGAAGUGCAUGCAAUCGAGAAGAAAAUGAUACAGGCUUGGCGCUUGGCACGGUCAAUGUCGGCAGUGGAAUCUGUGGAAUCUGUGAUGCGAGGUUCGAGAAUAUGUUACACCUGAAACAGCAUAUCAUCACCCAUUUGGACAAGUUUCCAUGCCCUUUGGAAGCGUGCGGGUGUGAGUAUAGCUCACUGGCAAGGCUAAACAUUCACAUUAGCACCCAGCACGUGGAGUACCUUUCGCCCAACUGUCCCCACUGCAAGGAGGAAAUCGACCGGGUCGAUCUAAGACAACAUGUCCGACUCUUUUGCAAAGCGAAACAAUUCGAGUGUACACAUUGUGAUAAGAAAUUUCUAUCGUGGAAAUCAUUGUCACAGCAUUUGAAGAAACUGCAGCAAGCGUUCCAAUGUUCGCAAUGUAUUAAAACAUUUUCCUCGCAGGCAUCGUUGAAGUUACACGAGCGUACGCACACUGGGGAACGACCGUAUGUAUGUACGAUCUGCAAUAAGUCAUAUAAAUCACCAGGCUUGCGAACGGCGCACAUGGACACGCACAUUGAAGGGAAAACGUUCAAAUGUGACAUGUGUGGGAAAUGUCUGCAAACGCGUGCCUGCUAUCGAAACCACGUGAAACGGCACUUGGAGCAGCGCAAUCACGAAUGCUUCGUGUGCAGGAAGAAAUUUUUCCAAAAGUGUACGCUUCGUGUGCAUUUGCAAAAGGUACAUAGAGUAUCACGCGAUGUGCCUGUUGAUGUCUAGUAAGGAAAUCUGUCUAGGUCAAUAAACGUAUCGUGCACGGUA